GUUGAAAUCUUCUUCUCCUUCUUGGUCCGUUUGAGUUCUACCAUGGGGACUCCACCGCAUCUCAGAAGCCUUUUGCUUGCAGUAUUGUUGAUGAUCGGAUCUACAAGCGCUGCAACGCAGACCGAAACGUUGGUCACCGUCGUCGGUGCUACCGAAUGCUUGGACUGUGCGCAGAACAGUAUCAAGACGGAGGAUGCAGUCAAAGGGCUGCGUGUAGCUAUCAAGUGCAAGGUGCGCAACGAAAAAUACGAUACCAAAGCCGCAGCUGAGCUCGACAGCAACGGAGACUUCAACGUCAAGCUCCCGAGUGAGCUUCUCCAGGACAACGGCGAGCUGAAACACGAAUGCUUCGCGCAGAUCCACAGCAAGUCCGACGCACCUUGCCCCGACAUGAACGGGCUGAACCCAUCGAAACUUGUCCUCAAGUCCAAGGAGGGAGGAAAGCACACGUUCGUGGCAGCACCCGGGAAGCUAUCGUUCUCGUCGGUCACCUGCGCAUCGGCCACCCAAGCCUUACUACUGUGGCACAAGAAAUUUCACAAGCAUCACCUGCCAACUUACAAAUCUCCAUCUCCAGUCCACAAAUUGCCACCCAAGCCUUACUACCAUCCCCACCCACACCCAGUUUACAAGCCGCUAACUCACAAAACUCCCUCUCCAGUCUACAAGCCACCGGCGCCGGAGAACAAGCCACCAUCAGGGGGACACUACAAACCGCCGGCGCACGGGUACAAGCCGCCGUCGGGAGGAUACUAUAACCCACCCGCUGCACCGGUCUACAAGCCGUCGCCGGUGCCAUACCACGAGCAUCCAGCGAUUCCUAUCCCUAAGCACCAUGAAGAACAGAAGGCGUAGAACCAGAUCGAGCAGAUGGCAUAGAAUAUACAUCUAUCAUCGCUUCAAGCGUUUGAUGUUAUGCGUAAUAAUGCUAGAUCUUAGGAUGCGUGUGAAAACUAUGGUGGAAGGAGGUCUUGGUUGCUUCUUUCUUGCUUGCUUGCUUUCUUGCUGCUGCUGUAAUGCCUGUAAAAGUAUGUGAUUUCAGCUAUUUCACGUAUGAUUGAAGUAACAUUUGCUCUUAUAUUUA